CAAUAAAAACGAAUUUUACUGAGAGGAAAACAUCCGGUUUUCUCUGUUUACAAUUUUCACAGAUUUGACACGUGCGUGCUUCAAAGAAAUGCUAUAUUUCGUUGGACUUGGUCUAGGAGAUGCAAAAGACAUUACAGUAAAGGGAUUGGAAGUAGUAAAGAACUGUAAAAGAGUGUAUCUAGAAGCAUACACGUCGAUAUUAACCGUUGGAAAGAUGCCAUGGAAGAAUUUUAUGGAAGAGGAAUAAUUCUAGCUGACCGUGAUAUGGUAGAGACGAAUUCAGAUGAAAUUCUGAAUGGAGCAGAAGAAGAAGAUGUAGCUUUUCUUGUAGUUGGCGAUCCUUUUGGAGCAACCACACACACAGAUUUAGUCUUAAGAGCCAAGGAGAAGGGAUUAGAUUAUAAAAUUAUACACAAUGCCUCCAUAAUGAAUGCCUGUGGCUGUUGUGGAUUGCAGCUGUACAAUUUUGGUGAGACGGUGUCAUUUGUGUUGUGGACAGAUACAUGGAAACCUGACAGUUACUAUGACAAAAUUAAGUCGAAUCGAGAAAGGAAAAUGCAUACAUUAUGCUUAUUAGACAUCAAGAUGAAAGAACAAACUAUUGAAAAUUUAAUGAAAGGAAGGAAGAUAUUUGAACCACCACGAUUUAUGACAGUAAAACAGGCCUCUGAGCAGUUGCUGGAAAUCAUAGAAAACAAAAGGAAGGAAGGAGAUGACUCUUUAGCCUUAACAGAAGACACAAUAUGUGUUGGACUUUCUCGUGUCGGGUCCGACACCCAGAAGAUUGUAUGUGCUACCUUAGAAGAAAUGACAUCUAUUGAUCUGGGUGAACCCCUGCAUUCCCUGAUCAUUCCUGGAGAAAUGCAUUCAUUGGAGAGAGACAUGCUUUUACAAUUUGUAGUUAGUGAUAAAUCCAGAAGUAUUUUGAUGUCUUUAAGCACUUGAGAUGUUUUAGUGUUACAUUUGUCUUUCACAAUUAAUUCUAUAAGAAAUGUAAUUAUCUUAAUAAAGAAAAUAAAUGGA